CUUUGACCAGUAUCUACUCUCCGCAUCUGCCUUGAACUCGUUGAAGUGGAUAUUGCCGGAGUGUUGAAACAGUUGCAGAAAGCACGGAGGCGCUCUGAAUGUCAAGCUGCAGCCGCUCUCCUGUAGCCAGUGUAGGUGGUGGUGAGUGACAGGCUCGUGGCAGGGUGCGGCGAUGACUCGCGUCGAGGAGCCUCUCUUGGGGUCCAGCUCCAGAGCUGCGCCUGAUCACGGAUCAGAUGAAAUUCGUGACUACAAUGGAGCAAGGAACAAGCUCGGGAGCCAGACCACUGCAUCUGGGGCAUCGGUCAGCCGCGCACAGGCCCUAGCCUCCGGCAGCACCAUCGAGCGUGCAGCGGCCCUGGUUGACCUGGCAGAAGACGGCAUCGGCCUGCCGCUGGACCUCAUACACAGUGCAGACUUUGGCGAGCGGACGCGCCUCUACUUUCUAUACAACACCUUUGACCCCCUCUGGACGCUCAACAUCAUUCUUCUCCUGGUGCUCAACUUCAUCGAGGUUCCGUCCUGGUGUUCUAAUGCCUGGCCGCAUCCGUGCGGGGGCGACAACACGGAUGCUUACCACCUGGGCGACGUGCCUUACCUCCACCCAAAGGUGUUCAACAUAGUGGAGCUGGUGUCGCUAGCACUGCUGAUUGCACAGGUGCUCUUGCCUCUGACAUUUGAAGGCCCAGAACACUUCUGGAAAGACCGGCUAAACAGGACCUUUGUGUUCCUGAGCGCCCUGCUUGCCGCUGAUGUCAUCCUCUACAGCAUCGGGCUCUGGGCAGGAUUCUGGAGUCUGCCUGCGGUCCUCUCAUUCCGAUUGGCUCCAUAUCUAAGGGUGGUCACGGUGUGUUGCUCCGAGUCUGAGAUCCGCAAGGGCCUGCGCAUCCUGUUUGGCAUCAUCCCAGGGUUCCUGGACAUGAUGACCCUCGUUGGCAUCUGGCUUCUCUUCUCCGCGUGGCUUAUGUACCUCCUUUUCGAGGAUUCCCUCCAGGGCGAGCUGACGUUCACGAGCUACCGCGCCACGCUGAACGAGGCCAUCAUCGCUAUGUUCACGGGCAGCAACGUGCCCGACUUCUGGAUGCCCGCCUUCAACCAGAACCGCAUCGCCUGCCUUGUUUUCAUGGCGUUCCUGUUCAUCUCGACCAACUUCUUCAUGAGCCUGAUCCUGGCGGUUGUGUACAACGGGUACAAGGACCAGCUGACAAGCGAGUACAAACAGAGCUACAUGCAGCGCCACUCGAUUCUGUCAGCCGCGUUCGGCCUGCUCGACGAAGAGAACAAGGGCCACCUGGAUAUUGGACAGGUCAGCAGCCUGCUGCAAGCCCUCAACAAGUACCGCAACAUGCCCGAUAUUUCCAAAAAGGAAAUGGAGCACAUCUUCCUGGCGUUGGACGACUCCGGCGACAACCUCAUUUCGGAGGACGAGUUCUCGGACCUGUGCGUCGCCAUCCGGCUGCGAUUCGUCAAGACGGACGAGCCCACGCUCCUCGAGAAGUACCUCCCCCGUGUUGCCGCCUCCCGCUCGUACGCCGGCUUCAAGGCGCUUGUGCAGAGCGCGCGCUUCGGGCAGCUGGUGCAGGGCGUGCUUUUGGUCCAGGCGGUCAUCAUCGCCAUCGAGUCCGCCUUCGACGUGCAGGACAACACCAAGCUGCAGGCGGUGUGGCUGAACAUCGAGAUGGCGUUCGGGUGGCUGUUUUUGGUGGAGCUGGCAGCCAAGCUGCUCGCGCACGGUACCGCCAACUACUGGCGCAAGGGCUCCAACCGCUUCGACAUGCUCGUCACCCUGGGAGUGGUCGCCACUCAGCUGCUGAUCCUGAGCGACGUCCUCCCGGCGGAGAGCAUCCGGUACGCGCUGAUCCUGUGCGUGCUGCGGCUGGGCCGCGUGCUGACGUCCGUCGAGCGCUACUCCGUCAUCAUGUCCGCCUUCUUCAGCCUCUGGCAGGUCGUCUUCCCGGUGAUUGGCGUCACGUACUGCUUCAGCUCCAUCUUCUGCAGCAUCGGCAUCGAGCUGUUCGGAGGCAAGGUGUUCGACGGCUCGCCAAGCAUCCGAGGCACGUCUUACGAGCACAGCAGCUACAUGGCCAUGAACUUCAACGACUUCGCCUCAGGAAUGGUGCUAAUUUUCCAGUGGCUCAACGGCACGCUCUACUCGGACUGGCAGUCCAUCGCGUCCAACAUCUACCCCUCCCCCUGGAUCCGCGCCUACUUCGUCGCCUUCCUCGUGCUCGGGACCAUCUUCAUCAUGAACGUUUUCAUCGGCUUCGUGUUUGACGCGUACUACACGCAACAAGAGAUCAUGGCCAACAAGGGCGGCAACGAGCGGAGCGCGCUGCGGCUGGAGGGCGUGCACGGGGCGAACGUGGAGGUCGAGCUCAGCGACCGCUUCCAGCAGGUUAUGGACCGGAUGCUUGGUGGCGAGGAGCUGAAAAAACUAACCUCUCAGAAGGGCAUGGCACAGGAGGGAACUUAACGGCUCCCACUGUGAUGCAACAUUGCUUCUCACUUCUUCGUACCUUGAUGAGCCCAAACUUUCUUCUCCAGACUGUGAUGCCAGAAGCAGACUGGCGAUACGAAUUAAGGUUGUACUACCUGCUCAAUUGUCUCGCUAUCGAGCUCGCAGAGAAUCAUGAAUGAUGUUGUAGAAGCUUUAUGGAUGCACAAGAGGCCUUUUGAUCAGACGUGUUUGUGAUUGCACGGCAAAGACGAC